AUGAGUGGACUUGUCAGCUAUGAGAGUAGCAGCGAUGAAGAAGGGCUGCGCACCCCAGAGGCCGCAUCCAGCAUAUCAACUAAGGGAAAACCAGCUGUGCCAGCCAACUCCGGCAUCGAGAACAGUAGCGACAACCAAAGGUUACCAGCGACAGAGACUGGCACCAACACAAGCAUCGGCAAUGGGCCAAUCCUAGGUCCCCUCAUGCCGGUUCAAAUACACAGCGACGACGAUGUUGUCGAGCAACAGAGCUCUACAGAAACGUCACAGCGACACAUGUCCGAGCGGGAAACUAUACAUGUGCUUACACAGGCGACCCAUCCCAUGACGGCCAUUCCACCCUCUCCCCCAGGUUCUCCUGAUCCCGCACUGGACGCUAAAUUGAAGCGGUUUGUGGAGCUUAAAGCUAAAGGAGUUCAUUUCAACGAAGACCUCGCGAAGAAGUCUACCUUUCGCAAUCCUGCGUUGUUAGCUACUAUGAUGGCUCGGGCAGGAGUGGACGGCGACGACCAAUACAGAACUACUCUACCACAGGAAGUCUGGGAUCCGUUGGGGUUUCCUCCGUCGGGCUACAAGGAGGAAUUGCAUCGAAAUCAGCAAACCCUACGGGAGCAAGACUCAAACCUCAAGAAAACCCUGUCAGCUACUGGAAAAAGAACCAUCGAGUUCACCUCAGGCAAAAUAUCUGGAACUUCCAGCAGGGAAUCGACGCCAGGAACGGCUACCAAACGAAAACGGCCUGGAUGA